AUGAAUCCGUAUUUCCCUCCGACUCCAGACGCAGAGAAAUGGUCUGACCCAAAUUACUACGCGCGACCAAGCCCCGUCGCACCGCCAACUCCGUCCCCGCCCCCGGAAUACAGUGCCUACCGUCCCGAGUUCAGCGCCGGCCUAGCACCGCCUCCGCCUCCACGGCCUCUACGCCCGGUCCGCUCGGCGACGAACCUCACUGGCGCUCAUGCACCGCAGCAGUCGGGGUUUCUGGACCCGAGGGGGAAUUAUCAGGUUGACUUUGUGGUAGAUGAGAUUCCAAGUCCAACAUCUCUCACUCCAGCGCCUUUGAGUCCCGCGCCGUCAAAUGAGAUUAGACGAGUCAAGAGCUCGUCUGCUCUAUCAGCGAGGUUAGACGCUCAAGAGGAUAAACCGAAAGAUUCGUCGAAAUGGAAAGCUGCGCUUGGAGAGGCGCAGUAUUUCGCUGGUGGGCUUAUAAGUCACCCCGCAGAGUCCAACAAGCAUUUCAGCAUCAUUCGGCAUUCUCACGCUUUGAUCUGGUAUAGAGGUCCAGCGACUUCAGUGCCCAUCACCAUCCUCUCAGAUGAGCCUCUCCCGCCUACGAGGACUGUGUGGUUACAGCAGAAGGGAUAUUCAGGAAACGUGGGGAUGACGCUUAAAGCCAUGAUGGGAACGACGGGGACUUGGAUCGAUGUCACGCCCGCGACGAAAACAGGCGUGGAACAUAUCGCUGAGGCAGAAGAACGCGGUAUACAGCGCGAUUUCAAGCGGUUCGUCAAGAAAGCCUCUGGGCGAAUGAAGAAGCACAUCCCGAGAGAAACACACAUCAUUCGUAUACCAGCAGCAGCGACAGAUGGUUACUUCCGCCUCGUUCUGUGCUCCAACACCGACGGGAAGAAAGUCCUCUGCGGGAGUCCCGUCUUCCGCAUCGCCAGCACAUCGACAGACGUAAGCACCGUUCGCGGUUCAAGUCUGAGCACCAUGCCUCUAGAAAUGGGCAUCAAAGUCGCUACCACGAUCGGGUCACAGGUAGCAAAGAAGUACACCGGCGUCGCAGGCGUGGUCGUCGAACAGGGCGCCAAGAGACUCACGCCUGCAAACGCUACUAUCAAGAAAGUCGCUACGAAAGCGUAUCAAAGUAGUGGAAUUGGAAAUGCAGUUAGCGAGAGCUGGAAGAAUGGUAAAGCGGGGCGUUAUGAUCCGUUGAUAUCGGGAGAGGCGAUGGAGCCGUUGACGAUACUUGGGAGUGACGAGGGACCUGAGGCGCCGUUUCCUUUCAAGUUUGCGGGUAAAGUUGUUAGAGGGACGGGGAUAUCGACGAGGGAGGUGGGUGUUCCGACGGCGAAUCUGAGUGAGGUUGGCGAUGAGGUCAAGAUGCGAAUGGGCGGUGUCUUUGCAGCGUGGGCGCGCGUCCUCCCACCGAAAGAAAGCGAAGAUUUCGACGAUGAUUGGCACGAAGCAAUCGUCACCAUCGCACCGCUGCGCAACGCCCCUCCAGGCGUAGUUCUCCGCAACAAAGUAACAGUCCACAUCCUCCACGACUUUUCCGACACGCUCUUCUUCGAUCUGCGUAUGAAACAACGAAGCGUUUUUGGAGGAGCACACGCGCGAUGUGAUGACCACGACAGCGAGCCUGGGACGGGAGAACUGGGGGCCGGAAGUUUCAGUGUCGGCGGUCAGGGCUGUUAA